AUGUAUGCACUGGCAGCAAGACCUAAAGGCAAUAAUGAUCGCCAAAUUGCACAAGCCGUUAUAGCUGGUUUUACCGGCCAAUUAAAAGGUUGGUGGGACUUUUCCUUAUCUGAUGAAGGAAAAAGACAAAUCAUUGAUUCUGUUAAAACAGAACAAACAACAGAAGGUCAAACUCAAGAACAGUUACUGAACUUGCGAUGUCCUGAUUUAUCUCAUUUCAAGUGGUAUAAAGAUACCUUCUUUUCCCUUAUUUUUGUUAGGGAAGAUAACCAUUUUGGUGAAUUAGCAUCAGAAGUAGUCACUGCAGGACUAACACUAUGCAAUGAAUUAAGACUUCAGCGCCAGUUACAAAAGGAAAGAAUCACGGGUAAAAGAUUACUCGGUGAUUUCUGUGAACAAUAUGGUUUACCUCCAGUAACUUUUCCUAAUAAAGGCAAAGUUAAAAAAUCUGGGAGAGAGAGUAAGAAAAGGUACAAAAAACACAGAACCUUUUACCCUCAGACAAGUAAAAGGAGUAAGAAACCUGUCAGAAGUAAACCAGUCACCUCUUCUAAAAAGAAGAAAGUAGUAAAAAGAGAAACUAAUGUAGUCUGUUACAAAUGCGGGAAAACUGGUCAUUACGCUAAUAAGUGUAAAGUUAAACAACAAAUCCAAGCUCUAGAAAUUAAUGAUAAUCUUAAAGAUUCAUUAAUUAAAAUCCUCUUAAAUGAGUCAGAAUCAGAAGAAGAUUUAGAAGUAAAUGUUCUAGAUUACACUUCAGAAGAAUCUUCUACUGAACCAGAGCCAGAGUCGUCUUGUGAUGGAAAAUGUGAUUAUUACAAAUCACUCUGUACCUUAAAUGGUUUAUGUGUCUUAACAAAAGAAUAA